CCCCUCUGAUUUCUGCCUGCCAUUCCCUUCCAACUGCUUGCGGUGACUGAGAGUCUGUACCUCACCUGGUUUUGGAUAGUAUUGAAAAUCUCAAGAUGGGUAUUAAACAGCUGUAUCAGGUGAUUUCAGAAAAUGCCCCAGAUGCCAUCAAGGCAGGGGACAUCAAGAACCACUUCGGCCGGAAGGUCGCUAUAGAUGCCUCCAUGAGUAUUUACAGUUUUCUCAUUGCGGUCCGUUCCGAAGGUCAGCAGCUUAUGAGCGACACCGGAGAGACAACGUCGCAUUUGAUGGGCAUGUUCUACCGCACUCUGCGCAUGGUCGACAAUGGCAUCAAGCCUCUGUACGUAUUUGAUGGAGCUCCCCCGAAGCUCAAGUCCGGCGAACUAGCCAAGCGAUUUGCUCGGAAGAGCGAAGCCACCGAGGCUCACGAGGAGGCCAAGGAAACCGGUACGGCAGAGGAUGUUGAGAAAUUCUCGCGACGCACAGUACGAGUCACCAGAGAGCACAAUGCAGAAUGUAAGAAGCUUUUGAAGUUGAUGGGCAUUCCAUACAUCGAUGCCCCCACUGAAGCCGAGGCGCAGUGCGCGGUUCUCGCGCGCGCUGGAAAGGUCUAUGCAGCUGCUUCGGAGGAUAUGGAUACGCUAUGCUUUGAGACGCCAAUUCUUCUGCGCCACCUUACGUUCAGUGAACAGAGGAAGGAACCCAUUCAGGAGAUUCAUUUGAACCGUGCGCUGGAGGGGCUUGGUAUGGACCGCAAGCAGUUCAUUGAUCUUUGUAUCUUGCUGGGUUGCGAUUACCUUGAACCCAUCCCCAAGGUCGGACCCAACACGGCGCUGAAACUAAUCCGUGACCACGGAAGCCUGGAGAAGGUGCUUGAGUUUAUGGAGAACGACCCGAAGAAGAAGUUUGUCGUUCCUGAGGAUUGGCCCUACGAAGAUGCUAGAGAGCUCUUCUUGAAUCCCGACGUGAGGGACGCCAAUGACCCCGAAUGCGACUUCAAAUGGGAAGCGCCCGACGUGCCCGGUCUGGUAGACUUCCUGGUCAAAGAUAAGGGGUUCAACGAAGACCGCGUCAAGAACGGCGCUGCUCGCUUGCAAAAGAACUUGAAGUCCGCUCAACAAUCCCGCUUAGAAGGAUUCUUCAAGCCCGUCGCCCGCACGGAUGAAGAGAAGGCGAGCCUGAAGCGCAAACACGACGAGAAGAUUCAGGAGCAGAAAAAGAAGAAGAAGGAAGAGGCCAAAGCCAAGAAAGAGGCCAAGUCACGGCCUCGCGGUGCUGGUUAAAUACCAAACAUACGACUUUGUCCCAAUUGGUUGUUGGAUAACGACCAGAAAAAAAGCAGCGACACAUUGACCGACAUCACACGUCGGCAUAUAAAGUGUCCACCGAGUCCUUCCAGAAAUCAUGGUGUUUAGAGGCGUUAUCGGGUUUAUUCAUUCACAAAACGCAGCAAUCAAUUAUAUGUGUAACUAGUUACUUCAGGCGAGAGGCGUUCCAACCGGUGGGAUAAAUGGAUGGAUGAUGAUUAUGCACGAGUGCAGCAUGCCACGUAUAUACCUUACGACGUGGAAGAUUCUUUUUUGCUGUCUAGAAACGAAAGGACUAAAAGAGCAAUAACCAACACAUACUAUAGAUAGAUAAGGC